UGCAAUUGUGGUUCGAACAUGGAGAAUUUUGAAGAGCAUAUUCGCCAUAUUUUGCUUUAUUACUUUAAAAAAGGGAAGAAAGCAACUGAAGCACGGGAAAAGUUGUGUCAAGUUUACGGCAAAAAUGUCAUCGGAAAACGCCAGUGCCAGAACUGGUUCGCCCGAUUCCGUGAUGGUGAUUUUUCAGUUAAAGACGCUCAUCGUUCCGGUAGGCCUUCCGAGAUUGACGACGAUAAAAUCAAAGCAUUAGUGCAAGUAAAUAAGCAUCAAACGGUUCGGGAGCUUGCUACUGCUCUAAAAGUAUCCAUUGGAAGUGUUCAUGGCCAUUUGAAAUCGCUUGGUUUCACAAAGAAUUUGCUUCUGAAGACCUCAUCAAACAGCACCUUGACAAGUUUCUCGCAGAGAAAGAUAGGAAGUUUUAUGAACGCGGUAUUAUGA